AUGACGUGCCUCGUGCAGCAUGAGGUUGUAACUUUUCCAGCCUGGGCUCACUCCUUAAGGAGAUCUUCAGCCACUGGGUGCAGCGGGGAAGGAAGGGGGGGGCGGUCGGGGCAAGCACACGCUGAGCGCUGGCCCCUCGAGCCCCUCCGAAGGGGAAAGGCUACCAGGGCUGCGGGGAAGCUGCGCGCUUGGGCAGCCAAGCCCCAGGAGGGAGAAUGGACAAAGCCUGCCCGAGGUCCCUGGGCGCCCUUCCAGAGGCACCAGGCGGAGGGCUGCUCUAGGGCGAGCCCGGCAGGAUCUGUGCAGCCCGCGGCAGAGAGAGCCGGCGCCUCCCGGAGGAAAGGGGGGGGCGUCCCUGGGGUCUGGCCUGGGGCCUGGCACGCAGCGGGAAGGAUGCAGCAUCCCCUGGACCUGGGAGCCGCGCAUUAUUUCCCCGCGGAAGUCUUCCCUGACCACCGCUCGCAUCGCUACCGGAGUUUUAUGAUCGAGGAAAUCCUGACGGAUCACCCCGACUCCAAGGUCUCGGCGCCGGCAGGAGAGCUCCUCAAGUUCGGGGUGCAGGCGCUGCUCUCAGCCCGACCCUACCACAACCACCUAGCGGUGCUGAAGGCUGAGCAGGCGGCGGUGUUCAAAUUUCCCCUGGCCCCCUUGGGCUGCUCCGGCCUGGGUUCGGCCCUGCUGGCUGCAGGUUCGGGGCUGCAGGGCGGCUCGGGAUCCCCUCACCUGCCGCUGGAGCUGCACCUCCGGGGGAAGCUGGAGCCGGGACCCCCGGAGCAGGGCAGCAAAGCCAAGAAAGGGCGCCGGAGCCGCACAGUGUUCACCGAGCUUCAGCUGAUGGGGCUGGAGAAGCGCUUCGAGAAACAGAAAUACCUCUCCACGCCGGACAGAAUAGACCUGGCAGAGUCCCUGGGUCUCAGUCAACUUCAGGUGAAAACGUGGUACCAAAAUAGGCGAAUGAAAUGGAAGAAAAUAGUAUUACAAGGUGGGGGCCUUGAAUCUCCCACCAAACCUAAAGGCCGUCCAAAGAAAAACUCCAUCCCAAGCAGCGAGCAACUUACAGAGCAGGAGCGAGCCAAGGAAGCAGAGAAACAAGCGGAAAGCCUAAACUCGCCCUGUGAAGUCAACCAGGAGGAAUAA